CCAGCUACAGGAAUACGACCGCUUUGCUGCCGGUCAUCAAGUUCCACUGCAGCCGACACUGCCGCCGCAGUCCCCACAGCCAACCGCCCAACGAGAACCGGCCAACCUAACACCACGCAAUGCACACACAUGGAUCACCCGUCCAUCCAGCCAUUCAUCGGCCUUGUUCCCCCACCAUCAACCCACCUGCUUGGACUGGCUCGUGUCGCGGUCAUCCGACGAUACAUGAGCCGUCUCCGCCAGCCCGCCUUGCCGCUCACCCCGAAUGCGCUCCAUCGCCCUCCCCACUGCCUCAGCCAGCCUGCGAUGGCUCUCAAGCCCAGCAGGGAAAUACACCGUCACCACAGGCACCUCACCACCUGCACCAGUGGCAGCAGCAGGCGCCACACAGAUGAACGGCUGCAGCAGGAAGAGCAGGUGCCUCCUCGACAGCAGCAGGAUGGCCACGGCUGUGAGCCUGCAGCCAAGUGGGGGCCGCUGGACGGCGUUGUCGUACGGUGGGAUGGGUGGUGGGGGGGUGAGGACGGCCGUCAUGUUGGUGAGGGUCAGCUCGGUGGCGUCGAGGGACAGGAGCCGAGCGCUGGGGGAGCUGUAGAGCUGGUGCAGCACAUACUGCAACACACCCUUGUCAAUCGACCCGCCUGUGUGUGCACAAGAGGACAGCCAGCCAGAAGGAAGAAUGGACGACCGUCAGCCUCUAGAGCCUUUCCUCGCCGCGGCACAUGCCCUCCCGUGGCUCACCGAUGUGCAGCUGCACCAGAGUCGCCCUUGACGUCUCCCACACAACCUGCACACACCGAACACACACACAAAGGGAGGGAAAUGGCUCUACGCUGUCUGCGACCUUCUCUUUGCCCGCUCACCUGCGCGACGUGCUCCACCAGGCCCUGCAGGGGCUGCGCCGCAAAAUUCAGCUUCACCCUCGCCAGCCCAUUCUCCCGCACCCCCCUCACGCCCGUCGCCACUGGGGCCAGAUUCAGAGACGGUGGAAUCAUCGACAUGUCCAGCUCUUCCAGGCGGCCGAUGUGCGGCCAGGAGUGGGAGUCCGUCACGGUCUUCGCUGGCAUCCCCGGCCGACUGUAGAAGCUGACCUUGAGAGUGCGGAGCGACUGUGCGGUGGCUGGUGUCUUGUGCAGCGUGCUGAGCAGGUCGAUGGCGUGUCGGGUCUUGAGCUUCAUCAGGACCAGAUGGCGGAGGCCGGGGAGGGAUGAGAGGAGCUUCUUGAGAGCAGUUUGCCGGCGGCCUUGCAGUGGAGGUACGCGCGCGAGGGAGAUGGUGGCCUUCUCGGUGCUGCGGAAACGGUCGAACGAGAUGCGCGCGCGGGACAUGCUCUUGGUCAGCGCGUCAUCAAGAUGGAGCGCUGAAAGAAAGAGCAGGACCCACACACACAACGAUGAUGCAUGCAGGUGUGCAUGGGCUCUCUCUCGGCCAUUUCCUCACCUUGGUAGCACUCGGUCGCCCUGCUGUGCCGCUCGAAAGCCCGACAGACGCACGCCGCCCGACCCAGUAUGUCCUUGACCGACAAAAAAGUCAUGACGUGUCGCACCACAGGCACCGGCAGCACCGAAAUACGGCCCUCCUCAGCAACGUCGUCGUCACUGCCGUCCUUGUCCCCGCCCAGCGCCCGUCGCGCAGCCCCGAAUACGUCGGCCGCCCUCACGCGGUCUUCGCGCAAUGCACGGUGCAGUCCCUCCUUCAUGACGGUCCGCAGACUCUCGUCGUCAAGCAGGCUGGCCAGCAGCUGGUCGAAAUGCAGGUCCAGCAGACGGUGAGCCUCCAGCUUGUUUUCGUACUCGUUGCUGCAGACGGGCGGCUCCCUGACGGCAUUGUCCCUCGGUCCAGAGGGAGAGUCGGUGGCUCCCGACACGGCUUCAUCGGAAGCAGCUGAUUCGCCUCUCUCCUGCUGAUUUGUCAUCCUCUUUUCUUCG